CCCGCCCGCCCGCCCACCCGCCCGCCCAAUCCAAGCACGGGACUGCGUCUCCGCCGGCGACGCCACAACAACAACACACCUACCUUCUGUAGCGGAGCAUCAGCACUGCCUGAAUAAAAGUGAACCACGUGUCAGUAUUUAUGACCAAAGCAUGGAUGCCAAAUCACCUGUCUGCUCUCUCCUGUCACAGGAGUCCACUGUCUGUGUGUAUGUGUGUGUGUGUGUGUGUGUGUGUGUGUGUGUGUGUACGAGUGAGAGAGUGAGUGUGCGCGUGUGUGCGUGCAUGUAUGACUGUGUGUUUUUGUUCUUUAGAUCGUUCAUGAGCCCUCAGCAACGUGUAAAUAAACAAGAUUAUCUGGUCUCCUAUCUGCAUAGGGACAUCUCUGUUGGCACACGUGCACAUGCUCACACACACAAGCACACUUGUGUCCCACUCGCUCACACACACACACACACGCUUGUCCACCUUCACUUGGCCACAGCCACUCACUUCCUCACACUCGUGCACCAGUGCUUUGUUGCAUCUCAGACUUCUACAUACUCACACACACAGACGCACACACGCGCGUACACGGGUCAACACACAGCAGCAUCUGGUCUGUCUUCACUCUCCUGUGGGCACACACACACACACUCAUGCUCUUGUACACAAAUGGGCACAUGCACACACAAAGGCACUCGCAUGCAAAUACAUGUUCACUCCCAGACACACUUGCACAUGCCAACAGACUCGGUCACGCCCUGGUCACUCUGUCAGCCACUGACCUGCGCACACUCACUCUCUCACUCUCACUCUCUCACUCUCUCACUCUCUCACUCUCUCACUCUCUCACUCUCACUCUCACUCUCACUCUCACUCUCAAACUCUCUCUCUCACUCUCCUCACUCUCUCACUCUCACAUUCCUACUCACUCGUGCUCACUCACUUACUUACACCCACUCUCAAACAAGAGUCAGAGCCCCCAGCACACACACACACACACACACACACACACUCAAACAAACACACACACACACACACACACACACACACACACACACACACUCAAACAAACAAACAAACAAACCAACAAAACAACAAACACACACAUAAUGUUGCAUUGAGUAGUAAAGUAAUAAUGCAAUAAUGAAUGCAUCUAUAUUCCUAUGCUUUCAUUAAACAUGCUAAUCAUUAAUUUAUCUAAGUCCUGUAGAUAAUGUUUUGAUUAUUUUUAUUAAUUAAAUCCAGUGAUUUUUA